AUGGUGCAUCGUUGCUGCAGCAAACAGAAGAUCAAAAGAGGAUUAUGGUCUCCUGAAGAAGAUGAGAAGCUUGUUACAUACAUCACCACUCAUGGACAUAAAAGUUGGAGUUCCCUCCCAAAGUUUGCAGGCAUCACUUUCUCAAUUCUUUGUGAUUGUGUACGAGUUUGUAAAAAUGAUUUUGAGCAUGUGCGCGUGUGUUCGCGGCCGCAACAUUUCAUGACUUUUAUCUAUGUUUCUAUGACCAUAAUGCAACUGUAAUUGAGCCUGCAUUUUAAAAUUGUGUCUUUCAUAACACCACUCAUGAUCAUGGAAAUUUUUAGGGAUGCAUUUAUCUCCCAUUUUAGCAUGAAUUUGUGUCUAUGACUGCAAUCUGAACUGCGACAUCAUAACUUUUGAUAGCUCUAGCCAACUUCGAUUGAUGCUUUUUAAAUCUUGAAUGUGUCUGUUUGUUUGGAUGUGUUUCUUUUCUUAUCAAACACUUUUGGUCAUAGAAAUUUGCAUGCAAUUCUCUUUCAUUUGUGUUUGUGUGUGUGUAACAAACAAAAGAAGAUUUUGUGGUUUGAUGUGUGCAGGCUUACAAAGAUGUGGGAAGAGUUGUAGAUUAAGAUGGACUAACUAUUUAAGGCCAGAUCUAAAAAGAGGUUCCUUUACUUCUGAAGAAGAACAAAUCAUAAUUGACAUACAUAGAAUUCUUGGAAAUAGAUGGGCUCAAAUAGCAAAGCACCUCCCUGGUAGAACUGACAACGAGGUCAAAAAUUUCUGGAACUCAUGUAUUAAAAAGAAGCUUAUUUCUCAAGGCUUAGAUCCACAAACUCACAAUUUACUUUCUCCUCAUAAGAGAUCCUCAAAACAUAACAACAUCUCUAAUAUCCAUCAAAAUUCCAAUUCCAUUUUCAUUCUUACAUCACAAAUUCCAAAUGCUGAUCAAACUUUUUCUUCACUACCAAAUACUAUUCUUCAAACUCCUACAACUGUUUUCCCUAAACAAUUUCAAACAUCUUUCAAUGUUCUUCCAAAUAAACAUCUAGAUCAACUUUGUGUUGUCGAGCAAGAACAACCUCAAAACAUAUCCAACAUUUGUUCAAAUUCAUGCAUUGACCCUUCUAAUGUUGAAAUGUCUAACAAUACUGAGAAUAUAAUUUGGGUUUCAAGAGUUAAUGAUGAUGAUGAUUUUAGAGGUUCAACAUGUGAAGGAGGAACACAAGCUGAAGUGCAUCAAGAGAAAGACAAGAUUUGUGAGAAGGGAAAUGAAGUAAUUGACAACAUGGGCAGUAUUGAAAUGAAUGAUGGUGAUUGUUUGGAGAAUUCUAAUUUUGAUUUUGGGUUGUUAGAGAGUGUACUUAACUCUGAAUUUAUAUCUCAUGAUCUGGAUUAUAUGGAUGAACUUGCAUGGAAUUUUUAGACCAUACUCUAAUUCUCACUAUCCAUCAUUUAUGUAUAUUAUCAAUAACUAUCCCCCCAAUUAAUAAGAUGUGCAUAUUUUACUUUUA